GUGGUGGUGCUGACCAACUCCCCCCUGGAGGAGCAGCUGUGGGUGGGAGACUUCUGCCACAGCAAUGGCAUCAAGCUGGUGGUGGCAGACACCCGUGGGCUCUUUGGGCAGCUGUUCUGUGACUUCGGGGAGGACCUGGUGGUGACUGAUGCCAACGGGGAGCAGCCCCUCAGUGCCAUGGUCUCCAUGAUCACCAAGGGGUGCCCAGGGGAGGUGACCUGCCUGGAUGAUGCCAGGCAUGGGUUUGAGAGUGGAGACUUUGUCAGCUUCAGCGAGGUGCAGGGCAUGGAGGAGCUGAACAGCUGUGCCCCCCUGCAGAUCACUGUGCUGGGCCCCUACACCUUCAGCAUCGGCGACACCAGCGGCUACGGCGACUACCUGCGGGGUGGCAUCGUCACCCAGGUCAAGAUGCCCAAGCACAUCCAGUUUAGGCGCCUGCGGGAGGCGCUGUUGGAGCCUGAGUUCCUCAUCACUGACUACGGCAAGGCCCAGAGGGCUCCCGUCCUGCACUGGGCCUGGCAGGGCCUGCACCGCUUCAUCCAGCAGCAUGGCAGAGAGCCACGGCCCAGGCACCCGGGAGACGCCGCCGAGGUGCUGGCCCUGACGCGGGAGCUGGCACCGGGGGUGGAGCUGGAGGAGGAGGUGGUGAAGGAGUUGGCCUGGCAGAGCACAGGGCACCUGGCACCCACCAACGCCUUCAUCGGGGGCCUGGCAGCGCAGGAGGUCAUGAAGGCAGUGUCUGGCAAGUUCACGCCCAUCACCCAGUGGCUCUACUUCGAUGCCCUCGAGUGCCUGCCCGAGGAGGGCAAGGAGGCUCUGCUGACCGAGGAGCAGUGCCGCCCGCGCAACAGCCGCUACGACGGGCAGGUCGCCGUCUUCGGUGCCCAGCUGCAGGAGAAGCUUGGCAGGCAGAAGUACUUCGUGGUGGGGGCUGGCGCCAUCGGGUGCGAGCUGCUGAAGAACUUUGCCAUGCUGGGGCUGGGCUGUGCCCCCGAGGGCAGCGUCACCGUCACCGACAUGGACACCAUCGAGAAGUCCAACCUCAACAGGCAGUUCCUCUUCCGGCCCUGGGACGUCACCAAGCUGAAGGCGGAGCGGGCGGCGGCGGCGGCGCGCGCCAUGAACCCGGCGCUGCAGGUGCUGAGCCGCGCCGAGCGCGUGGGGCCCGAGAGCGAGCGGCUCUACGACGACGACUUCUUCGAGGCGCUGGACGGCGUCGCCAACGCCCUGGACAACGUCGAUGCCAGGCUGUACAUGGACCGGCGCUGCGUCUACUACCGCAAGCCGCUGCUGGAGUCGGGCACCCUUGGCACCAAGGGCAACGUGCAGGUGGUGAUCCCCUUCCUGAGCGAGGCCUACAGCUCCAGCCAGGACCCCCCCGAGAAGGCAAUCCCCAUCUGCACCCUCAAGAACUUCCCCAACGCCAUCGAGCACACCCUGCAGUGGGCACGGGACGAGUUCGAAGGCCUCUUCAAGCAGCCAGCGGAGAAUGUGAACCAGUACCUGACGGACCCGCGGUUCCUGGAGCGCACGCUGCGCCUGGCGGGCACUCAGCCGCUGGAGGUGCUGGAGGCAGUGCAGCGCAGCCUGGCAGCGGAGCGCCCGCGGGGCUGGCACGACUGCGUGGCAUGGGCCUGCCGCCACUGGCACCGCCAGUACAGCAACAACAUCCGCCAGCUGCUGCACAACUUCCCCCCGGGCCAGAAAACCAGCUCUGGCACCUACUUCUGGUCGGGGCCCAAGCGCUGCCCUCACCCCCUGGUCUUCGACCCUGACAACCCCCUGCACCUGGACUACGUGGUGGCCGCUGCCAACCUCUAUGCCCAGAGCUAUGGCAUCGCGGGCAGCCGCGACCGCGCGGCCGUGGCACAGCUGCUGCGCCAGGUGCGGGUGCCCAGCUUCACCCCGCGCCCGGGGGUGCGCAUCCACACCUCGGACCAGGAGCUGCAGAGCGCCACUGCCACCCUGGGUACGGCCUGGGCACUGCCAGGGGCGCCGGGGAGG